CUUCUCUUCCGUAACCUAACGCACAGUCCAACCCUCUCUCUUCUUCCUCUAGCCUCUUCUUCCUCUCGCCUCUUAGCCUGCUGGAUUUCUUCUCUUCUUCGCUUUUUAAUUUAUUGAUAGUGAAACAAUGGACUUUGCUAACAUUUUUUGGGGUGCACCAACUCCAUUUUCAAAUUCAAAGGCGAAUCUUCAAUUCAAACUCGAGCUCUUAGAUCCCAUUUAUUUCUUCUUCUUCUUUUCUUCUUCAUUUGCAGUUCAUCUUUAAAAUUUCUACUCAACUUCGAACUCCCUUUCAAGCAUCAUCAUGGAAAUUUUUUUGUCUCAAAACUUUGAUUAUUAGGGUCUAUGUUAACAAUCGACUCAUUUUUUAUGUUCAUAAUGGAUUAGUUUGUGAUGUAAAUAUUGAAAUUUGUUCCUUUGAUAUAGGUUUGUGAUGUUAAUAUUGAAAUUUUAGUUGAACUAGUUUCUUUAUGUUUAUGCCCAUUAUAUGUUUGUUAAAAUGCCCAUUACGAUAAAAUGGAUGGAAAUUAUGGGUGUGUAGAACUCCAUAAAAGAUUUUGGGUUGAUAAAUCUUGAUAAAUUUGAUUUGCAGAACUCCACCAAAAAAACAGGUUUUGAUUGCUAAAUUUUGUGCCCCUGUUUUUGGUGAAGAAUCUGCACGGGCAGCCUCCAGUCCCCCUUUUAGUGUUGUUAUUCCUUUAGUAACUGAUAAAAUUGCAGAAAGCCAUGUAGUUUUGCCUUUGGUUACAACUUAUUGUGCUUAUUCCCAAAGCACAAACCUGAUUGUGCAUUCUAUUCCCUUGCAAACUGAAGCCCCUGUAAGAACUGAUACUAUUGCACAAAGCCAGGUUGUGUUGCCUUUGUUUACGGCAGGCUGAUAUUUGCUGCAAGCAAGGCUGUUUCAGACCCUAUUUUGCAUUAUAAUGAUUACCAAUGUGCUGCCCCAGCUGCGAACCUUAAUGUGCCUCAUAAACAAGAGGACAACCAGGUUUCCCAUGUUGAAAUUCAUGUUAUUAACUCUGAAUGCGCAGCUUUACUUGUACAAACCCCAGUCCCCUCCCUUACUAACCCUUGGUUGAUUCCCCCCCCCCCCCCCCCCAUCUGAUAUGCAUGGAAUUGAAGUUCAAUCUGAUAGCUUUGAUACUCAUUCUGCCCCUUUGGAUACUGGUUUUAUAGUCACUAAUGCUGGUUGUGAUUAUGUUCAUCUUUCUAGUAUUACAACCAUAGAUGGGGCAAAUGUCCCUACAAAAUAUACUAUCCCAGUCCCUUAUGAUUCUGAUUUAGGAGCAAGUCCCAGCUGCCUGACCAUUUUGGAAACUACGGUUGACUCUAAUGGACCCCUGGUGGCUACCUCUUAAAGGGCAGUGACCGUUGGUGUAGUUGAUCAGAUUAUGCUGAUGCCCACUGAUGCUCAAGUGUAUGAAGCAAUUGAUGCUCCCACAGAACACAACAUAAUGAAUGGAGAUGAUGAAUUUAAUUCUGAUCCACCGGGACUUGAUACUACACUAACCACAAAUUUGUCCAAUGAUGAAUCUCAAUCUGAGGACCACACUAUUUUUUAAUAUUUCCCCAAUUACAGGAAAAUUGGCAAGCAGGGAGGAAAGCUCUUACGGUUUAGUGCAGGUCCAAAACAGGAAAUCAAAGAGCAGUGCCUAUAAAUCAAUUCGAGAUGGUCACAAGAACCCUAGAGAUGAAACCGACUACUUCCUAUACCCGGUAGACGCGAGAUUCGACUCACCACACAAACUGGCUGCAGUUCUCAAGAAUCAUAAAUAUACCACCUGGUGGCUAAAACAUAUGAACCAUAUUUGCAUAAGGCGAUUAGGUUCCACAACAAAUUCAACAAUAGUUUUUCAGCUACACUUUGAAUUCCAACAAGAAAUUUCAAAUGCUAGUGCAUCUUUAUUUUAUAUGUACCUUUUCAUUGAACCAUGCAUCUGUAAAACUCUUGUAUCUUUAAACUUUAAGAAUUGAAGUGUUCCCCGACACUACCCCCACUUAGAGUGGUUUGCUCCGGGACCCAAAAAAAAUAUAAAUGUGUAGAAAAUGUUGUAAUGCUAUUUCUUAUGUUUGCUUCCCC